AUGAAAUGUGCCGCUUUCACUGUGAUCGCUCCCAAAGGCAGUGGGAUUCUAUCAGUGGACGCGGAUAGAUCCACGGAUACCGAGAUUGCACUUUCGUUGCUCGGGCAUGAACUCGAGCUCAUGUUGACCGCUGAAACAGAGGAGUUUGAGAAAUUUCUCAAAAACUCCGACUCAAAGGAAAGCCCAGCUCCUCUGCCUAACAAUUAUCAGUACGCCAGGAUUGGUAGUUUCUUGAUGAGAUCUCAAUCUGACGCCAAAAGUGACAAGCUGCCAGGCACGGGUAUUUUUGACCUCAAAACUCGUGCCGUUUGUGCAGUGAGGCAUGAUAUCAACUAUAAUAAUUAUCAUCUCACAAAUUACGAGAUCACCAGAAGUACUGGACUUUAUGAAAGCUUUGAACGUGAACUGUUUGAUCUGGUUAGAACAGGUUUAUGGAAAUACAGCAUGCAGGCGCGCAUUGGUAACAUGGAUGGUAUUUUCAUUGCAUACCAUAAUAUGAGAAGAUUCUUCGGAUUCCAGUAUCUGCCUACAACAGAAAUAGAUCAUAUAUUCCAUGGGUACGAUGGUCCUGGAAAGUCGAAACAAAAUUACGAUGAUGUCGUCAACGAUUUUGGUAAUCAUUGGCAAACAAAAAGAGAAGCUUUGUCCUCUUUCAUGGCAGAUUUUGAAUUCCGUGUUUCCAUGGAAAUUUGGCAAACCGUUUUAGAUCUUAUUACGAAACAAACAGACAAUAAGCCUUUCCGUUUGAUCACAAAAUGCGACAGAAAUUUCCUUGGAACUUAUUUGGAUGUCAUUGCUACGGUUGUGGACGAAGGCAUGCUAAAAAAUCUCAGUACGCUUGCCGACGAUAUUGUUACACUCGAUAAGGAGGAUUUGGCCGCCACGCAGAAAGACGAGCUGCCAAUGGAACGCAUCAUUAGAAUGGCAGAGUCAAGAUCGCUUCAUCACAAGCGUAUGCUUUCCCUAAAUAAGGAGAUCCUUGAUUCUUGUAUUGAUGACCCAAGCAAAUGUUUGAUGUUCAGAAUCACGGCGACACAUUAUUUCAAUGGGAAACGAUUCCGUGGCAAAUAUCCUACUCCCCCUAUUGAUAUUUUGGACAAACCUCAAGACAACACAUGGGAAGUGAAAUAUCAUAUCAACCGUAUUUUCAAUCCGCAGAAAAUCAAACAAUGUUACAAUACAUAUGUUACCGAGGCUGCUUCGAAUUUGCAGGAUCAUCCGGUGAACCGCGAAAACACUGAAAAGGCUUAUAUGGACCAAAACGCAUCUCAUUUGCAACGUCUUCUCCGUGCCUAUAGUGCCAAGUCUGAAAAGAGGAAGAAACUUUAUGGGUUUAAUUAA